AAUAAUAACCAUAAAUAACGACAAACAAGGACGACGAGGAGACAAACGGGACAAGAAGAUGAGGAGAUGAGAGGACAAGGAGACAAAAGGUACAAGGAGACAAAGCGACAAGGAGACGAGGAGAUGAGAGGACGUGGGGAUGAGGAGACAACGGGACAAAGGGACGAGAGAAUGGGGAGACAAGGGGACAAGGGGACAAAGAGACAAGGAGAUGAGGAGACAAGAGGUGGAGACAAGGAGACAAGGUACAAAAGGACAAGGUGAUGAUGAUGAGAUUUAAUGAAGACGUCAAGUCCAGACGUGUCCCUCCUCAUUCUGAUUGGAACAUGAUUAAUUAAAGAUGAUUAAUAUUUAAUGUGAUUAAUACGACCUCUACUCAUUAAACUCUAUGUUAAUAACAUUAUAAACCCGUCCGUCUCCUGUCUCUUGUCCCUACAGACCUACGUCCAUCCUCUGGUCCCUCUGCUCCUCUACAGCCACAGACAGUUCCCUCCUUCCUCCCCCUACAGUCAACCAAUCAGCACGGACAGACAGGCCGACGCCCACUCUGAGACACGCCCCUGUCACCGUGGUAACGGCCUCUACAGGUGAGCUGGCAAAGAGUUCAGGUAAAACUAUUGAUUAAUAAUCUGUUCAGGACAAAGGAACUGAAUGUUGUUGAUGAACUCAGUGAACUGAGCUCUGAUUGGUUCAACAACAAAGAUACAAAAUCAUCUUCCUGCUCCUGCUCCUGCUCCUCCUCCUCCUCCUCCUCCUCAGUAGUCGUCCUGCCGUGAAGAAGCCUCUGAACGCGUUCAUGCUCUACAUGAAGGAGACGAGACAUAAAGUGCUGGAGGAAGGGGGGGAGAGAGAGAGCGCCGCCAUCAACCGCAUCCUGGGACGAAGGUGGAACGCUCUGCCUCAGUCUGAACAGUCCAAAUACUACGACCUGGCCCAGAAGGAAAGGCUGCUCCACAUGCAGCUGUACCCCGGGUGGUCGGCCAGGGACAACUACGGGAAGAGGAAGAAGAAACAGAACCAGCUGAGACCAGGAAGCUGCUCCAGGUCCAACAUUUAAAUUUUUUCUGUGAAUAAUUUAAAGCCAGGUCACACUAAACCAACCCCCCUGGGUCUCUGGACCAACAAACUCUUAGGAAACCAACCAACAUUGUGUCUUCUUGUUUUAUUCUCUCCGCCGUUCAUCUCCUAAAUUAUUUAUUAUCUUUAUGUUUAUAUUAAUCUUUCCAAUCUUAUUUAUUGGUCAGUGAUUCCAGUUUGUUUCUUUUCAUUUUACUUUUUUUUUUUUUUAUCAGUUCUUAUUCUAUGUACUUGUGUAUAAUAAUAUUCAAACUGUCCAGGCCAGUCACCACUGGUGGGAUUAAUGAAGGUCUGUAUCGGAGUUAUCUGGCCCUCACAGUCCGGUCAUAAUGUUAUGGCUCUUUGGUGUGUACACUCAGAUGGUCCAGGUUUCAACACAGCAAGUUAAAUAAUAAGUCACCAGAUUAUUAAACCGAUGUAUUAUUGACUGUGAUUAUUUUUCUCAAAUCAUCGACUCAGUUCAGCUUCGUCUGUAAAAAUUUUACAGUGAAUUCAACAAUUAUUAAAUUAUUAGAAGUGAUUCAUGUGUUUUGGAUUAAAUAAAAUGUUUCACAUUUGUAUUGAGAGCCGCUGUAAAAUAAUAAUAAAUAAUAAAUGUCUGUAACUGUGAAGGUGUCAAAGAAGAUCAAAAGAAAACAAGACGCUAAAUGCUAAAUAUCAACACUGUAAAUGCUAAGCUUGACAUUUAGUUUGCUGCCAUAUCUGUCUUAUUAUCGCAGAAUUCAGGCUUUCGUAAAAUGUGACCCAGUGGUGAGAGAUAGAGAUAGAGUGAAGAGCAGAGGACCCGGGACAAAGCCUUGUGGAACCCCAUGCCUAACUGAACAAGACUCGGACAGAACAUUACUAAACAAAAUGCUCUGAGAUCUGUCUGACAAUAGGACUGGAGACACAACAGCACCUCCCAACAGCCAGAGACGCUGAAGUAAAAUGUUGUGGUAGUCGACUGUAUCAAAGGCCAACAUCAAAGACAAUCAAAGCCAAUAAAGCCGAAGCCUGGUCAGAAUCCACAUUUAACAAUAAACCAUUAACCGCCUUCGUCAGUGCUGAUUGUGAGGAACGAUUUAUACAGACUGAUGGGUUCGAAUAGAUCACUGUGUUCACUUUAUCUGUGUUUGUAUCAUGUUAUUUAUCAUCUGCCCAUUUCACGUUCAUGUUUCAUGUUCUACUUCAUUAACCACCACACUACGUAUUCACCAACAAAACAUUUCCAGCUUUAACAAAUUAAAUGAAAUAAAAAAAAUAAUAAUAGUUUAAAAAUAUUUGAGGGGUCACGUCAUUUUUAUUCUUAUCAAAACUCUCCAACCCCACACUAUGAGUGAGUCUAAAUUUACUUGAGAUUUUUCUACUUAAAUGAAAUUAGAUUGGUAACUGAAACCUUAAGCAUUUUAAAUGUUGUCCUGUCUACAGUCCACUUACAUUUAAUAGUUUUUCAUCCUGUUGUAGUGUACAUGUUGUGUACAUGUUGUCAUUCACCUGUACGUAGGUUUCCAUCUGUAAAUGUUAUGUAUAUUACGCCACAAGGGUAGAACAACAGCGUCCCACUAUGUUUCUUGAAAGAAAAGAAAGAAGCUCAAUAUUGAACAGCCACCGUGUGUUGAAAAUAUAUAAAUUUUUUUUAUUAUCAAAGCAAACAUCUGACUGCGUCAGUUUUUUCCAAUGCGGUUUCCUUUAACACAACUGGAGCUUAAUGGCAGAAAAUCCUUCAUGAAUCAGGUUUGAAAUGAGCAGCAUUGUUCAGAGUUUGGAUGGCAGUUGUUUCCAGUGUCUCAUUUUAUAAUAAAGAAUGAAAAACAAAACAAACAAAAAAAAA